GUUUUGACUUGUCGGUUCAGUUAUGAGACGAGGAAUCCACAUACAAAUAUGGCAAGAAACUAUACAAUGAACUACGCUAGAUGUAAAUGUUUUUUGGAAUCGAAUGUGUACCUAAAAAGUUACGGUUUGCAUGUUUCAUUCAAAUCAGAAAAGCAAUUCGAAGAUUGUUACGGGAAAAGGUUGUCGGAAAUGGGUUGCACUGAUUUUAGACCAGUCGUUCACGAAAUAAAAGAAGAAUUGGAAAGGAGGAGGAGAAUACCCUAUGAAUCAAUGGAGAGAGCUAACUAUAUUAAAGCUAACUACAAGCCCCUUCAUCCAGAUAUUUUUGAAUUACAGGAUGCAUUUCUACAUCGAGAUGUGGUUAAGUUACUGUGUUGUAUUAAAGAAGGAAGUAUUGAUAAGGCUGCUCUAGGUCUCCGAUACAGAACACAUGGAGUUGAUGUGUUCUCCUUUCCCAUAUUUACCUUGGAAUUUUGCAAUAAAUUAAUUUCAGAAGUCGAUCAUUUUAAUGAGACUUCCAUGCCCAAGGGAAGGCCAAAUAGCAUGAACAACUACGGUGUCCUCCUUGAUGAAUUGGGUUUAAAUGAAGGGUUGUUGACACCUCUAAGGAAACAAUAUUUGGAGCCUAUUAGUCAGUUUCUUUUUCCUGAGAAAAAAGUGACGGAGUUUGACUCACACAAAGUGUUUACUGUUAAUUACGAAGAGAAUAAGGAUACCGAACUUGCUUUCCAUUUUGACAACUCAGAGGUGACUAUCAAUGUCUGUCUUUUGGCAAACUGCGAAGGCGGAGAACUCUUUUUUGGCACACCUGGCAGCGAUAACGGAUUUGGCUACACUCAUGAGGCAGGAAACGCCGUGAUUCAUCGAGGGUCUGCGUUUCAUUGUGUUUUGCCGCUGUUAUCAGGUCGCCGAGUAAAUUUGGUAAUGUGGAUGCGCUCCUCACCAGUUCGUAAUUUAACGUGUCCCAUGUGCAGAAGAACGCCCGACCUAGAGCCUAUGGAAAAUGGAUGGGGAGAUGGUUUCCUCGUUGCCAAUGAACACUCGGCGAACAAGGGAACUUAAAA